AUGCUGCUCUGCUAUGCCAAGGUCGCAAGUGCCAAUGCAGGGCUCAGCGUCGCCGGCCAACACCAGGCCCUGCUGAAACUAACCAGUGGCCGAGAGGUCCUCGUGGACCUGUCUUCCGUUGGCUUAGAUGAGUUUCAGCAGGUCUUCACCUCAGAGGACAACGCCUCUUUCGAGGCGGUCCUGGAGAAAGAUCGCCAGAGGCGGAGAGAAAAGGAAUGGUGGGUAGAGGGUCCCGAGCUCAAGCACAACACGAAAUGCAAGGAGCAGGCGCUGGACUUCGACAAAGUGGAGGUGGUCAAUCGGCCCGGCACCAUCAUGACCUGCGAGUUCCAGGCGAGGAAUACGCUGUACUUCAAGCCCAAAGGGGAGCUGUCGGCAGCUCCUGACAAGCCGGCCAUUGAGUGUAGAAAUACACGCUUCACCUCCCAAGAGCAGUCUGACUUGGACGAAACUCUCAUGGCUGCGAUCGCUGCCAAGCAUGCGCGAGAGAACGGGCUACAGCUGGCAGACGUCCUCGCGAAGAUGCUGAAGGACGGUACCUUUUCCGUCGCAGCGCUCCACAACUACGGUCACCUUCGAGCUGUAGGUGGGCGCCUGGAGACGCCAAUCAACCAACGGAACUCCCAGGCUGGUAACUUUAACUUUGUUAGCACGCCGGCGAUGGCUCCUGGUGACAAUGGUGUUUCUCCGUUUAUGACUUUUGGAAAGAUCGCAUCGACUCCGCGGCUCCUGGAAGAAGAGAUCGGGCCGAGCUUUCGUGUGGCCGAGGAGUCUCCUCGGGACCGUGCUGCGGAGAAGCUCGCGCGAGGGGCCAUGCAGCGGCAAAGAGAGUCGAAGCAGAAUUCAAAGAAGGAGCGAUUGAAAGCUCUUGGGCUGACUCCCAACGCUAGCCCAGCUUCCGUUCGGACGACCCCGGCGUCUGUGGCUUCGAAGGUGACGCCCAUGACCCCCAUCGGACAGUUGCUCCACCGUGCGCAACGCAUGGCGCAGCGAGGCGGGCGACUGCGUAUCGGUGCCAGCCGACCUCCGACAGAGGAGCGGGAGGCAGCAAUUGCAGUUUUGCACUGGUGCGUACACUUUAUUCGGGGUCGCCUUCCGGAUUCGAGAUGA